AUGAGGUUCUUUAAGCUGAAGACCACUAUUCCCGUGCCAGCCGUCUUCCACGACUGGAAGGAAGAAGAUGGUCGUUACAUUCUGUUGCAAGAGAAGAUCGAAGGGCUUCCGCUCCAAGAAGUCUGGAACGAUCUUACGUUGGAGGACCACGAGCGCAUUGCGAAGCAAGCAGCGAGACAUAUCUUUGAACUUCGCUCAGUGACGUCAGAUAAGCUACAGAAUGCCAAAGGGGCUGGGUGUCGCAACAAUGGUCUCGUACCGAAGAGUACAGGACUCGUGGGUCCUUUGGCUUCAGAUGAUGAGCUGUGGUCUGCUAUUUCCGGAUCCCUUAGCCAUGUGGAUGCAGUCCUCAAGGACAAGCUGCGAGCUAAAAUGCCCCGAUCCAAGCCUUACACACUGACUCAUGGGGACCUGACAAGUGUGAAUAUCAUGGUCAAGGACGGAAAUCUUUCUGGCUUCAUCGACUUUGAGUAUAGCGGUUAUUACCCGCGCUGGUGGGAGUAUGCCCGGCAUGCCAUGUGGUUCAGUGAAGAAGAUAGGCAGUGGAAAGACCUGUUACGCAAGUACAUGAGAGAUCACGAUGAGAUGAAUGAGGCCGGUAGUCGCUGGUGGAGGGCUUGCAACGCGCUUGCGAAGUAUCCUGAUAAGGACACCACACAGGAGAGACUGAAGGAACUGUUUGAUGGAGAACUUGCAUAG